AGAGAGGCAGAGACGCAGAGGGGACUGUCGGCUGGUGCAGGCGGAACCAAAAGAUAUUUAAUCAGCAAUUAGAAACACCUGAGGGUGAGGGAAAUUCUACUCCAGCCUCAAGCUUCAUCUCUCAGCCCACAGCAUGCUGCUCGGAAGGAUGGCCACGGAGGAGCGGCACCUGUCCUCCAGCUGUGGGUCCUUCAUCAAGACUGAGCCCUCCAGCCCGUCUUCUGGCAUCGAUGCCAUCAGUCACCACAGCCCAAGCGGCUCCUCCGACGCCAGUGGUGGCUAUGGCAUCGCCAUGGGUAGCCACCCCAACGGCCUGGACUCACCGCCCAUGUUCAAUGGCACAGGGAUUGGUGGUGGGUCCUGUCGUAAGCGUUACGAUGACUGCACCAGCGCCAUCAUGGAGGACUCGCCCACCAAGUGCGAGUACAUGCUCAAUGCAAUCCCCAAGCGGCUGUGCCUGGUGUGCGGGGAUAUUGCUUCUGGGUACCACUAUGGAGUGGCUUCCUGUGAGGCAUGCAAAGCCUUCUUCAAGAGGACUAUUCAAGGGAAUAUUGAAUACAGCUGUCCGGCCACCAAUGAAUGUGAGAUCACAAAACGGAGGCGCAAGUCCUGUCAGGCGUGCCGCUUCAUGAAAUGCCUCAAAGUGGGGAUGCUGAAAGAAGGUGUUCGCCUGGAUCGAGUCCGUGGAGGCCGUCAAAAAUACAAAAGGAGACUGGAUUCUGAGAGUAGCACUUACUUGAGCUUACAGAUCCCUCCUCCAGCUAAAAAGCCACUGACUAAGAUCGUCUCCCACUUGCUGGUGGCAGAGCCAGAGAAGAUUUAUGCCAUGCCUGAUCCAACCAUGCCAGAGAGUGACAUCAAAGCCCUGACAACCCUCUGUGACCUGGCAGACAGGGAACUGGUGGUGAUCAUUGGCUGGGCAAAGCACAUCCCAGGGUUCUCCAAUCUCUCCCUUGGGGACCAGAUGAGCCUCCUACAGAGCGCCUGGAUGGAAAUCCUCAUCUUGGGCAUUGUGUACCGCUCCCUGCCCUAUGAGGACAAGCUGGUCUAUGCUGAGGACUACAUUAUGGAUGAAGAGCACUCUCGUCUGACAGGGCUGCUGGAGCUCUACCUGGCUAUCCUGCAACUGGUGCGCCGCUACAAGAAGCUGAAGGUGGAAAAGGAGGAGUUUGUCACACUCAAGGCCCUGGCCCUUGCCAACUCAGACUCCAUGCACAUAGAGGACAUGGAUGCAGUGCAGAAACUCCAGGACCUUCUCCACGAAGCCCUGCAGGACUACGAGCUGAGUCAGCGCAACGAGGAGCCCCGGCGAGCAGGCAAGCUGCUCCUGACCUUGCCUCUCUUGCGGCAGACAGCCGCCAAAGCUGUGCAGCAUUUCUACAGCAUCAAACUGCAGGGCAAGGUUCCCAUGCAUAAACUCUUCCUAGAAAUGCUAGAGGCAAAGGUCUGACGGCCCCAGCGCCAGCCAACAGUGGCCGGGGAACAAACUAGUAACAAAGAUGCCGACAAUGGAGCAAUCCAAACAGCAGCAGCAGCAGUCGCCGCUGGCUUUUAUCUCCAAUCAUUUAUUAUGGAAGAAUUAUUUAAUGUCUAUCUGUCGGCGUGACUGCAGAAUCUCAUGUACAGGAGGGGGGAAACUCUUUUAAUCAGUCACUUGUUUCUUUUUUGUUUGUUUGUUUUCUCUGUGGGAACUACCAGAAUAUGCUCUUGCACUUGUGGAGGUGGUCAUGGAAGUUCAGCCCCUCUGAGCUGUGAUGUUCUCAGUGCUAUCCAGGGCUGCCUGCUCCCCAGCUCCCUCUGCCAGUGCUGAAGAGGGAGUGGGGACUGAAGCAGGAAAAGAGGAAGAAAGGAGUCAAUAUAAACUUUAUCUGCUGGUGUUGUGAGGAGUCUGAUAGAAAGGGAAGCAGCCAAGGUCCUUUUCUUGUCAUCUAGCGCAAGUGUUCCUUGAGAGAGGAGCACUACUGGACCUCUCCCAAUCCAAAUGGCUGCCUCCCAGGUUCCUCUAGCAACAGCUAACACUUGUACAUACAGGCCUCACUUCUUACUAGGAAAGAUGCUCCUAACUGUGUAAGAUACUCUGCAACCUUGUGCAGUGUGUCAUUACACCUGACUACUCCCCUCCCGUGUACAAUCCCCACAGACCCCUGAAGAGGUAGCAUGUAUGUCCCUGAGAGAAUGCACAUCUCCUUUCCGAGAUGAAAGAGAAAGAGAAAAGAGCCUGACAUUAACCUUCAGUGCUGGGUUGACUUGAUAAUCUCUGCAUCCUCUCCUAUGUGGUGCUAACUAUAGUUCUUCCACACUUUUCACCCUGUUGUGUAUCAGACCUGCCUCUUUAGCUCAGCUGAGUGCCAUUCCCCACUCGCCUUGUUCCUUGUGGCAGAGAACGCGAGGUUUUGUCUACAUUGGCACUGCCCAAGUAUAAAUAUACCCCAAACCAAGGCUUUUCCAGACUCCAUUAACAUGAUAGCCCUUUGCUGCCAUAGAGACUUAGGGUUAUUGCCAAGUGCGAGUUACGAAUCAGAGGAAUGACUUUUUUCGGGGGGACAGGGGCGAUUGUGUUUUGGGGCCGUCUGGGGACAGAAACUUGGAGGGCAGUGUGGAUCCCAUCUACCGCUUUCCCUUGCUGCAUCCCAUCAUCCUCAACAGCAGCAGCAAAGGAGCUAGCAUAGACUAGCCCUGUGCCUGUAAGAGGUCUUCUCUCUCUGACAGAAAAUUGUAUAUCUGAUAUCACGGCAGGCUGUGUGGGAGAAGAGGUAGGGGAAUGUUUAUUUCUGCCUCUCACGUAACCAGAUUCCUGCGGUGUCCAAGCCUGCUGCCUAAGCCAGAAGUGCUGCAUUCCCAAUAGCCAGAGGGGAGUUUGGGUGACUGACCAAAAUGGCUGUUGGCAUUCAGUGAUUUUAUUUUCUAGGUCACUUAAUUCUGAGCCAGCCUAAGCUGAUGAAAUAUGAAUGUAUUGUCAGGUUUGUGGUCAAUGGCAUGGCAAGAGAAGGGGGGGAAAACAGGCUCUGAUCUACAUUUGGGAUGCAACACACUACGGGCUCUCUGCCCCACACCCCCACCACCAAUUUCUAUCCCUUCCUGGCCAGCCCAGGAGAAAGGUGGUACAGCAGAUGACUAACUAACCCCCUAGCAGGAAACCUUCCAAAUCAGGGUUGAGGUGUGUGAUCAGGGAGAUGCUGGGUGCUUAUUUUUCUACCAGAGCAGAAUGUGUCACGGUGUAGAGCUGUUGGUGUUACAGAACAAAACCUAUGCUAACUGAGCCGAUGCUUAGCUCUUGGCUGUUGUAACCAGCGCACUAUGGUACUUGAACUAAGUUCAGUUCAGUCUCCUCCGAAUUACCCUGAUGCUACACAGACCUAGCUAUUCUCACCCAUUUUGUACUUACCUGAUAAAAGAAUUCAGACUUGCUUCAGGCACUUCAGAAACCCAACAGAGCCCAAAGGGGCAGGACACGCAUGGGACCUCGUGCUUGUAGCAGUGAGCAUGCAGCAGCCUUGUGCUUUGAACAGGUACUUGUGCUUCUCCAUCUGUUUCCUCACAGGGGCAGCUGGGGAGAAAGGGAGAAGCUUUUUGUUGUGCUCACAACUGCCAUACCCAUCUGUGACUGAGAGAGGCCAAAGAACAAUGCAAGCCAGCACUGCCAUGUGUGGCAACCUGGCAAGUCUUUCUGGCUGUGGCACAAAUACUCUCAUGAACAUGCUGGGCUGUGCUAUGGCAUGUAAGUUGGACUCACUGCACCACUGUUGUGUCCCUGCUGAGUCUCACUUAGCCCAGAUCUAGCACAUUUUGACCGAUCCCUGUCUCAUUGCUGUGCAAAGAUGAUAAGCUGUCUCAAACUGGGCUGAAAAGACCCUGACAAGUAGUUCUUACUGUCUUCAGGGCCUGGCAAGAAAGUUCACGGUCAUUUAGAAAAAACAAAGAGGAAGACUCUUCCAGCUUGUUUGCAUUUGAGCUUGAGCCUGCUUUCUAGAACAGGAAGGAGAACAAUCUGCAAAAAAUGAUUAUGAAGGAGAGCUGCUGAGUUAGCUUUUAGCUCACAGUGAUUGCUGCCUGGUUAGAGUAGUGGCUAUGAUAUGAAAGCAACUCUUGCCUUAGUAGAACACUAUAAAAACAAGAAAAGUGUUUUUCUAGGUCUUCCUGCCUCUCCCCUCCUUAAGUGGAAAUAAUCAGCACACUGAGCUGUGUAACCUGUCUGAGGAAGGGGUAAAGGACCCUCUUCAUUAUACCUGCAUAACCUUGCAGUUCAUCUGGGUAUCCCCCAUUGCUUGAAGAUAAUAGUCCUGGAAAGACCUGUUUGUAUUUCCUCUGAAAUAGGAUAGGAACUGAACCAGGCAAUAAUCGGCAUAUAUUACUCUCUUUAAGCAAGGAGUGUAAACUCUUCCCCAGGAACCAGGACAGAAACAUAUGCUUAGAGUUAACCCAUAAAAGACUCCUACCAUUUUUACUUGGGAACUAGGUCAGGUCUCUUUGGCCAUUCAGACAAGUGCAAGAAAGACAUGCAUCAUCUCUUCUCUUCCCAGUUAGGCUAAUCUUCUGCACAUCAUUAAUACAGUCGUGCUGCCGCAACUGAGGAGCAUGGAUGGCCAGCUAGACUGUGACCUCAGGUUGCUGAGAAAGGAAACCAUUAUCUUAGUCCAGUCCUCCCAGUGCACUUUAAAGUAGGAAAUGGGGUUUCAGCAACUGUUCAGGACUUUGAAUGUUCAUGAUUACUUACAGAAAGGUCUGGGGAUGCAAAAACAGACAUGAACUAGGAAAUGCAGUUUGGGUGCCAGUGCUAGUUACGCCAUUCAUUCAUAAUAUAGACCUCAUCAUAGAGUCAAGAGUCAUUCUAUGUGGAGUAAAAGAUCAUAGAAUUUAGGCCUUGGGACACAAACAGCUCUGUGAUGCAAAGCAAAGCACAGCUGCAGAAGAAAGUGUGUCAGUAACAAGGAAUAAGCAUGUAGCCUGCAUUCAGCAACUAUAACAAAAGCAGCUCUAGCCCCUGAUUUGCAUGUGCAGAUAACAGAAAUCACAUACCUGUCAGUAACUACAAAAGGCUAUCUUCGCAAACAACUAGUUCUGCUGCUUUGGGCACAUUCUUUCCUGGAAACAUUGUUCUCCAGUCUGUAAUGCAAAACAAAUUUCAUGGGGAUCAACUAAAAGAAGGGGUAAAAUACCACACAGAAUAGGGUUUCUGAGGAAACUUGGGCAUUACACUCCGCAGCAAAACUGUGAAACUACAGGACCCCCCCCACCCCCGCAACAAUCAGACUCUUCCAGUAUUGUUCAUGCUAAGGGGACAUUAUUUUUCUCUUUAUAAGCUGUCAUCAUUUUUAAAAAAAAUAUUAAAACCAUAUAAAAUAAAACAUGCUGCACCAGAAAAGUGUAAGCUAUUAGAGGGGAACAUCAUUGAGAAAGAUCCUAGAAUGUAACUUGUUGAGCUUUUCUUACCAAUUGGAGCCGAGAAAAAAAGAGCUUCCACUUUUUGUAUCCACAAGCUAUCAUCAAUCAUAUGGACAAAGGCCACUCUGCUGUUCUUGUGGCUGGGUUAUAUGGGGAAGCCAGAGAGACAGAGUCUGUGAGAAUGAUGCAGGGAGUAAUAACCAGUCAAUGAAAUAAACAGUAUCUACUUUACUCAACUAUUAUCUGCUCCUAAAAAAAAGAAAAAAAAUGUUAAAUAAAUAAAUUGUAUUCUUGUGGUACAGGUCAUUUCAACCAAAACAAGAAAUAAAACACAAAUAUGUAAAAUCUAA